AUGCUAUCGCUGGGCAUUUACCUUCACCAAGUGCGCGCCGUCUCCGCAAUCCGUUCCUCUUUCAUCCUGUCACGUCAGCGUCAUACGUCUUAUGCUAUUCCACCCAUUCUGGCAGGCCAGGACGUGGUUGUAGCUGCAGAAACGGGUGGAGGUAAGACUUUAGCAUUUUUGCUGCCCGUGGUGGAGCAAUUGAGUCGGAACUCGCUGCCACUCAGCGAGAUGCGCCUUCCAAUUGCUCUCGUGCUCACUACAUCCCAGGAAUUGGUGCGUCAGUUGAUGACGGUGCUAACUCAGGUGGAACCAGAGCUUGCACAACUUGCAGUGAUCUUGUCGUCUUCUAGGCAAAGCAUAGGACACAGUGACAAGCGUGCGUGUCCGCUAGUGUUUGCCACUCCUGGAGCGCUGCUGCGUGCCACCAAACCAAAAGACUUCGCUUUCACUCAGAUGGUCGUCGUUGAUGAAGCCGACAUGCUGCUCAGUGGCGGGUUUGAGAAGGAUACCAAGCAAAUUCUUGCGACGAUCCGCAACCAACCUUUGUUGAAAUCUGAGCUUAAUCGUUGUGGAGAUACAGACGCAAAACCUCGAGAAUUUCGAGGUGAAGAUGUUGCUACGAAACAUACCCAGACCAUUUUUAGUGCUAUAUCCUCUUCACCUUGUACUAUGGUAAACGCUCUGUGCGCCACUACAUCGACUAUAAAUUUUCGUCGGCUGUAUUCGCCAUUACUAAGGGCUUUCACCGGACGUUGCCAGAGUGAUAUGGGCAAGUUGAAAAAGUCGGGAGGGGAAAAGACACUAGUCUUUACCAACUCCAUCGCCAGUGCCGACGCGCUUUUCGACUUUUUGCAAAAUGACAAGGGCAUGGUAAACUGUGCACUAUUUCACAAAGAGGGACCUCGUCGUUGUUUGCACGGAUAUUGCAGCGCGAGGCCUGGAUACUACCAAGGUCGUGCAGGUACAGCGGGUACUGUGACUAGUAUUGAAUCAUCCGAAAACAGCCUAGUGCUCGCCAAGAUCCGAGAGGCAGGUUCAUCCAGGCUGCAGAAUGCCUUUAGUCGAAAACGCAGUCUUCGGAAGAAGUUUAGAAAAUCGCUACGCCUUAGCAACAUGGCCGCGGGUAGUCCUUAA